UGGACCUUCUCACCCAGCAAGGUUGAAGGAAAGCACUAGUGUGCCCAGCUCUGCAGAUCCAGAGCGACUGAGCCAGCCGGCAAGGAAACACCUGCAAACAGACAGGGGAUGUCAUUGUCACCUCCCACCUGCCUCCCGUGGAGGUUCUGAGGUUCCCCUGAACAUCAGCGCAGCCCCUCCACCAAGGACCCGCUCCCCUAACUCCUACUGGCACAGGCAGGUUCCGCGGUCACUCCAAGGUAGAGGAGAGCUGCCAACGCACGAGGCCCUUCUUCUCCCGAAGCCAUGGCCAUGUGACCGGGAGGACACAUGCAGUGAGGACAGCCCUUCCCCCCUCCUCAAUGCUGGCUCCCAGACGCUGGGGAGUGGUCCAGGGGGGCUGGCGCCUCAGGGCAGGCCAGAGCCCCCCAGAGCCUCUGCCCUCCAUAGCCCCCCGCCUGUGACCCCCCCCCGGCGCUGGGGCUGCAGCUAUGGACCCAGAGCUGGCCCGGCCCUCGGUCUCUCUGAGCCAGCCCUCCCGCCCCUCCUGGCGCCAUGGCUCUCUCCAUCUCCUGGGACGUGGUCUACAUCGUGGUGGAGGUAGUCAUCGCCGUGCUGGCGGUCUUGGGCAACGUGCUAGUGUGCUGGGCAGUCUCGAUGAACACCAACCUGCAGAACGUCACCAACUACUUCGUGGUGUCCCUGGCGGCGGCCGACAUCGCCGUGGGGGUGCUUGCCAUCCCCUUCGCCAUCACCAUCAGCACCGGCUUCUGCGCGGCCUUUCACGGCUGCCUCUUCAUCGCUUGCUUUGUGCUGGUCCUUACUCAGAGCUCCAUCUUCAGCCUGUUGGCCAUUGCCAUUGACCGCUACAUUGCCAUCCGCAUCCCACUCAGGUACAACGGCUUGGUGACCGGCACGCGGGCCAAGGGCAUCAUUGCCAUCUGCUGGGUGUUGUCCUUCAUCAUCGGCCUGACGCCCAUGCUGGGCUGGAGCCGGUGCGUGGAGGCCGCGGCAGCGGGCAAUAGCUCCGAGCCCCCGCACUGCAGUGUGGGCCAGAUGCCGUGUCUUUUCGAGGCGGUGGUCCCAAUGGACUACAUGGUCUACUACAACUUCUUUGCGUGUGUGCUGCUUCCUCUGCUGCUCAUGUUGGCCAUAUACCUGCGCAUCUUCAUGGCGGCCCGGCGACAGCUGAAGCAGAUGGAGAGCAAGCCGGCAGCGGGCGAGCGCUCGCGCUCCACGCUGCAGAAGGAGGUGCACGCGGCCAAGUCGCUGGCCAUCAUCGUGGGCCUCUUCGCCAUCUGCUGGCUGCCCCUUCACAUCAUCAACUGCUUCACCCUCUUCUGCCCAGAGUGCCCGCACGCGCCCCCCUGGCUCAUGUACCUGGCCAUUGUUCUCUCGCACACCAACUCCGUGGUGAACCCCCUCAUCUACGCCUACCGCAUCCGCGAGUUCCGCCACACCUUCCGUAAGAUCCUCCGCAGCCACGUGGCCCGGGCCUCCACCCCGCGCGGCCGGGACUGCGGCCAGGGCCAGGAGCGCGUUAGUCUCCAGCUCAAUGGGCACGGCGCUGGCCUCUGGGCCAAUGGCGGCACGCCCAGGCCAGACAGGGCGACCACAGCCCUGGAGCCCGAGGGUAGGGGCUCGAGACACGGCUGUGGCCUCCAGGACGUGGAGCUCCUGAACCUGGAGCUCCCGGGGUCUCACCCCACAAGCCCUGGCCUGGAGGGGCCCCCACCAGCCGGCAUCUCCUGACAUUGGCCACGGAUUUGGCUGAAAGAGAAUCUUUGACCCUCUGGUGGCCAGAGGAGAAGUGGGUCUGCAUCCCAGGAGGAGGUCUGGCCUGGAUGGGGGGUGCCCAGCUAGGGACUGGGGGACCUUCCUCAGGCUGGCCUCCUGAGUCAGCCUGGCUCUUGGCCACCACCGGACAAUCUGCGUCCUGCCUCAGUGACCCAGAGUGGGCCUGGGGAGCAGGGAGCUGCGGGGCCUUCAGGAGGAGGUAGACUGAGGGAAGGACCCCUGGGGUGCUUUCUGGAUCCUGGCUGCCCUCCUGGAUGCCUCUGGUCCUGCUGCAGAGGUGGCCUUGGGUGUGUCACUGGCC